UAGAUACCAGACGCCAUUUCCUGGCUUCACAACAUUGAGUUACAGGUUUUUAUGAUCGAUAACUUGUAGGCUAUGGCAUUCAGAACACAAAUUAUAUUUUACACAUCGGAUGUUGAAUAGUAGGCUAGGGAGAAGUAAUCACUCGUGAUUUUUAUUGUUUGGUUGUAGGUUGCAGCAUUUGGUUUGUUUUUUUUGCCAAAGAGGAGAACACAAGUGAUAAGAAGUGAACGCUAUCAACUUAUCGAGCACACCACUUCAACGUUUGUUUUUUGGGACCUAGCUUUAUAUAAGUUUAGAUACUACAAAAAAGAACAGGCAAAAUGAUGGUAUCUCAAAGAAUGCGGAAGACGCGUGAAGUUACGGGACCAACUCCACAUUCUGUUGGAAUAUUGGCAAGAGCCCCAAAUACACGACCCCCAGAGUACCUUAUCCUAGAAAGACGAAAACAAGAAGAAAAGUUGGAGGAAAAUCAAAAAAUGACAAAUUAUAUGGAACUUUGUGAUUUGAAAAAUGAAUGGGAAAGAUGGACCGAUAAAAAAAUUCAGUUGAAUACUGUUAAGAGAAGACUGAAUGGAAUGCUACAGGCUAAUGAAUCUAGUAUAGAAGAUAGGAGAGAAAGACUUAGAGAUUUAUUACAAACAGAACAAAUAGAACAACUGAAAGAAAUGGAUGAUAAACAAGAAACAACUAUUGAACGUCAAGCAAAAAUGAGGUCCAGGGCAAAAUAUUUAAAAGAGCAAAGGGAAACAGAAAGAUUGAAAUUGGUUCAAAAAAAAUAUGACCAGAAAUUCAGAGAAGAGUGUGAAGAAUUGAGGUCUACAGUAUCAAAACGUGCGCAAGAUCAAAUCUGUGCUGAAAGAUUGGAACAGAUGCAGAUGAAAGAACAAUUUGAGGAUGAGAAAAGAAUAGAGGAUGCCAUGUAUGCUGAUUUAUGGAAUAAAGACAUGUUGGAGAAAGCAGAAAAAGAAGAACGGAAGGCUAGAGAAAGACAUGAACGUAAUCAAGCUGUAGUAGAUAUCUUGCAGAAACAGAUGGCAGCAUUACAACUACAGAAAGAUGAAGCUAAAAGACUCAAAGAGGAAGAAGCUCAGUUACUGAAAGAACAAGACGCUCUACGUAAAUUAGAAGAAAGAAGAGCAUAUGAGGAUAAGAUUCAAAGGCAGAGAGAAACAAGAGAUAUGUUAGAUCUUUCAUUGAAGAUAAAGAUGAAGCGAAGGGCUAAAGAUGAACAGGAACAAUUAGCAUUUGAUCUAAAGAUGUUAGAACAGUUGUUAGAGGAAUCUCGUAAUGAAGCCAUGGAACAAAUGCAGAGAAAGAAAGAAUUACGAGAAGAGGAUCAGCGUUAUCGCACCUAUUUACAACAGUUAAUGGAAGAAGAAAGGAGAAAAGAAAAAGAAUUAGAUGCUCUAUGUAAUGAAGAAGUUGAGAAAACAUGGCAGAAACGCUUGGAAGGAUGGCGGCAAGAACGCUUAGCAAGAAAGAGAUUAUUAAAUGAUGUUUUGGCUGGUCGCGCUGAACAGAUUAGAGAUAGAUUGAUAGAAAAUGAAAGACAACAGUUGGAUGCUCAAAGAGAAAGAGAUGAACUUAUUCAAACUAUUGAAAGAAACAAACAGUUGGAUAAGGAGGAGUUACAGAGAAUUCGACAGAAGAAUUUACAAUAUCAGUCAGAUCUGGAGGGUCAGAUUGAUUAUAACUGUCGCUUAAAGGAACAAGAUCGUCAGUAUAAUGAUACAGAAUAUAAACUUGGUCUUCAAGCUGAAUAUGAAUAUGAGCAAAAAAUUAGGGAUGCUUUAAACAAUCCAGUAAUCGAUAAAUUACAUCCCAUGAGAAGAAGAGUUCAGUCGGCAUCUUUACAAGUGACUGGGACAGGAUAUUAGUACGGUUUCUAUUGUUUUUUGUGGGGUGUAUGUUACUUGUACUUUAGGGAUAUUGUUUAUUUAUUUAAAACAGAAUUUUAUUUUAAAACUGUGAUACUUGUAUGAAUAUAUCAAUUAAUGAAAUUGAUGUCUGUACAUAAUAUAUAUAUAUAUGUAUAUAUAUAAUUGUGUCAUGUGUUAUAAUUUUAAAUGUUUAACUCAAAGAAUAUAUUAUAAAUAUUGUGAUAAAUGAUAAUAAGUUGUUGACAAGCAUUACAAUAUGGUUCUCUUCAGUUCACAUACAGUUCUAAGCAUUAUAAUAUGGUUCUCUUUAGAUCACAUACAGUUUUAAGCAUUAUAACUAUGGUUCUCUUUAGAUCACAUAUAGUUCUAAGCGUUUUAAUAUGGGUCUCUUUAGAUCACAUGUAGUUCUAAGCAUUAUUUAACAGACUUCCUGAUUAUGAAUGAGAUCAAUAAUAUUAUAUAUUUACAAAGCAUUAAUGUUGUGGGAAUAGAAUAUGGCAAGGUUUUUUUUUCAAAAUGGGUUAAACCCAUAUAAUAAUUUUCAGUAAAAGAGACAGGUUGGGGGUUUUUUUUCCCCAUGUCCAGCACAUAUCCAUGUAGAUUUUGACUGUUAUUUAUAUUUUAAGUAUUUAUAUGGUGAAUACAUCUGAACAUCUGUCACUUUAAAUAUUUGAAGUCGUAAUAAUAAGAAUAGAAAUUAUGACUAUGCCACUGGUUGUGAUAAUAUAAUGUGUAGAUUUGUUGUAUCAUUCGUUAAUAAUCAAAUAUCAACAGCAUUGAAAAUAAAACUGAAUGAUAA